CGGAGCGGCGCCCCCGCCGCCCGCGCGGGGUCUCCCCCAUGGUGCAGCGGGGUUCGGGAUGUCGAAGACGCUGAAGAAGAAGAAGCACUGGCUCAGCAAGGUGCAGGAGUGCGCGGUGUCCUGGACCGGGCCCCCGGGCGACUUGGGCGCCGAGAUCCGGGGCGGCGCGGAGCGCGGCGAGUUCCCCUACCUGGGGCGGCUCCGCGAGGAGCCGGGCGGGGGCACCUGCUGCGUCGUCUCCGGCAAGGCGCCCAGCCCCGGGGAUGUGCUGCUGGAGGUGAACGGGACGCCUGUCAGCGGGCUCACCCACCGGGACACCCUGGCUGUCAUCCGCCACUUCCGCGAGCCCAUCCGUCUCAAGACUGUGAAACCAGGCAAAGUCAUCAAUAAAGAUUUGCGACAUUACCUGAGUCUUCAGUUUCAGAAAGGAUCCAUUGACCACAAAUUGCAGCAAGUGAUCAGAGAUAAUCUCUACUUGAGGACCAUUCCGUGCACUACAAGGGCCCCCAGGGAUGGGGAAGUACCAGGGGUGGACUAUAAUUUCAUUUCUGUUGAACAGUUCAAAGCACUGGAAGAGAGUGGAGCAUUACUAGAAAGUGGAACGUAUGAUGGAAACUUCUAUGGCACGCCCAAGCCUCCAGCAGAACCCAGUCCUUUCCAGCCAGAUCCGGUCGAUCAGGUCCUCUUCGAUAAUGAGUUUGACCCAGAAUCCCAAAGAAAGCGAACUACAUCUGUCAGCAAGAUGGAAAGAAUGGACAGCUCUCUUCCUGAAGAGGAAGAAGAUGAGGAAAAGGAGGCCAUUAAUGGCAGUGGUAACGCAGAAAGCAGAGAGAGGCAUUCUGAGUCAUCUGACUGGAUGAAGACGAUCCCGAGUUACAACCAAACCAACAGCGCCAUGGACUUUAGGAACUACAUGAUCAGGGACGAGAAUCUGGAGCCGCUGCCUGCAAACUGGGAGAUGGCCUACACUGACACCGGGAUGGUCUACUUCAUCGACCACAAUACCAAGACGACCACCUGGUUGGAUCCUCGUCUUUGUAAGAAAGCCAAAGCCCCAGAAGACUGUGAAGAUGGAGAACUUCCCUAUGGCUGGGAGAAGAUAGAGGACCCUCAGUAUGGAACUUACUAUGUUGACCACCUGAACCAGAAAACCCAGUUUGAAAACCCGGUGGAGGAAGCUAAAAGGAAAAAGCAGCUAGGUCAGGCUGAUGCUGGGUCUCCAAAGCCAGAUGCAGAAAAAUCACACUUUACUCGGGAUCCAUCCCAGCUUAAAGGCAUCCUCGUGCGAGCCUCAUUGAAGAAAAGCACGAUGGGGUUUGGCUUCACCAUCAUCGGUGGAGAUAGGCCUGAUGAGUUCCUGCAGGUGAAAAAUGUGUUGAAAGACGGUCCCGCUGCUCAGGAUGGGAAGAUUGCACCAGGUGAUGUUAUUGUAGACAUCAAUGGCAGCUGUGUCCUUGGUCACACCCAUGCAGAUGUUGUCCAGAUGUUCCAGCUGGUGCCUGUCAGCCAGUAUGUGAACCUCACUUUAUGCCGAGGUUACCCGCUUCCUGAUGACAACGAGGACCCCAUUGUGGACAUUGUUGCCGCUGCCCCCGUUAUCAAUGGACAGACACUACCCAAGGGAGAGACUUGCAUGAAUACUCAGGAUUUUAAGUCAGGAACAAUGGUUCUAGACCAGAAUGGAAAGUCUGGGCACGCACCGGUCAGUGAUCGUCUCAAUGGGCCAGUGGAUCUGAGCGAGCAGAGAGCGUCCAUGGCCUCGUCGGGCAGCUCCCAGCCUGAGCUCGUGACCAUCCCUCUGAUUAAGGGCCCGAAAGGCUUCGGCUUCGCAAUCGCCGACAGCCCCACUGGACAGAAGGUGAAGAUGAUCUUGGACAGUCAGUGGUGUCAAGGCCUACAGAAAGGGGAUAUAAUUAAGGAAAUUUAUCAUCAGAACGUGCAGAAUUUAACACAUCUCCAGGUGGUGGAGGUGCUCAAGCAGUUUCCAGUAGGUGCAGAUGUGCCGUUGCUGAUCUUAAGAGGAGGUCCUCCUUCACCGACGAAAGCUGCGAAGAUGAAAACAGAUAAAAAGGAAAGUUCUGGAAGCUUGGAGGCCGUCAAUGAGCCCAUUCCCCAGCCUAUGCCUUUCCCACCCAGCAUUAUCCGGUCAGGAUCCCCGAAACCGGACCCUUCUGAGGUCUACCUGAAGUCUAAGACUUUAUAUGAAGAUAAACCACCAAACACCAAAGACUUGGAUGUUUUUCUUCGGAAGCAGGAAUCCGGGUUUGGCUUCAGGGUUCUGGGAGGAGACGGACCCGACCAAUCUAUCUACAUCGGGGCCAUCAUCCCCCUGGGCGCAGCCGAGAGGGACGGCCGGCUCCGUGCUGCUGACGAGCUGAUGUGCAUCGACGGGACCCCUGUGAAAGGGAAGUCACACAAGCAGGUCUUGGACCUCAUGACGACGGCUGCUCGAAACGGCCACGUGUUGCUGACCGUCAGAAGGAAGAUCUUUUAUGGGGAGAAACAACCUGAGGAUGACAGCGCUCCUGGCUUCGUUUCCUCGCAGAACGGCUCUCCCCGAGUGAGCCAAGCCGAGGGCCCAGCAAGGCCUGUGCCCCAGGAACCCUAUGAUGUUGUCUUACAACGGAAAGAGAACGAGGGCUUUGGCUUUGUCAUCCUCACCUCCAAAAGCAAGCCACCGCCAGGAGUCAUUCCUCAUAAAAUCGGCCGCGUCAUAGAAGGAAGUCCAGCUGAUCGCUGUGGGAAACUGAAGGUUGGAGAUCACAUCUCUGCAGUGAACGGGCAGUCUAUCGUCGAACUGUCGCAUGACAGCAUCGUCCAGCUGAUCAAGGAUGCUGGGGUCACCGUCACGCUCACGGUCGUCGCUGAAGAAGAGCACCAUGGGCCACCAUCAGGAACAAAUUCAGCCCGGCAAAGCCCAGCCCUGCAGCACCGGCCCAUGGGUCAGUCACAGGCCAACCAUGUAUCUGCGGACAGAAGUGCCCUGGAAGGUGAGGUAGGAAAAGACACCACCUACAGACACUCGUGGUCCGACCACCGGCACCUGGCCCAGCCGGACACCGCGGUCAUCUCCGUGGUGGGCGGCCGGCACAGCCAGAGCCUCGGUUGUUACCCAGUUGAGCUGGAGAGGGGCCCCCGGGGCUUCGGGUUCAGCCUGCGAGGGGGCAAGGAAUACAACAUGGGGCUCUUCAUCCUGCGGCUGGCGGAGGAGGGGCCUGCCAUCAAGGACGGCCGCAUCCACGUCGGCGACCAGAUCGUCGAAAUCAACGGGGAGCCCACACAGGGCAUCACACACACCCGGGCAAUUGAGCUCAUUCAGGCCGGUGGAAAUAAAGUCCUCCUGCUCCUGAGGCCAGGAACGGGCUUGAUCCCUGACCAUGGUUUGGCUCCUUCCGGUCUGUGCUCCUACGUGAAACCUGAGCAACAUUAAGGCUUUCAGGGCUUUUCUUGGUCUUUCCUUAAAAAGACUUGGUGAUUGGGAUUAUAAUCCUUCCUCUUCCAAUGUGAUUUAUGAUGAGCAGUCACCAUUUCCCCCAUCUCCACGUUCUGCUUCCA